AUGUCGGCGGACACCGCGUACCUCGUAGCCUUCAUCGUCUUGGCGGUACCGCUCGGAGCCACGGUCGCAUUGACCAUCAUAUCCGCGGUCCCCCCUCGACGUCCACUCGACUUCCGCGGCAAGCAUGUUUUAGUGACCGGUGGAAGCGAAGGCCUAGGACGUGCCAUCGCGCUCCAGCUCGUUGCGUCCGGUGCCGACGUAACUAUUGUGGCCCGUCGUGCCGAGGUCUUGCAAAGAGUCGUGGACGAAGUGGCCACGUUGAACUCUCCAUACCAUGGUCAUAUUUUCUACCAAGUCGCUGACGUCACCGACGUCGAUGCUAUUGAAAGCGCAAUAGCCCGUGCUCAUGAGGUCGUUGGUCCCAUUGACAUUCUGUUCCCAAAUGCGGGCAAAAGCCUCGUUGGGUAUGUGAAGGAGAACCCGAUCGAGAUUUUUCGCGAAACGAUGGAGCUCAACUUCUUCGGCACUAUCAAUACUGUCAACGCUGUGCUGCCAUCAAUGCUCGAACGCCGCAAAGGGUGCAUUUGCUUCAUUACGUCGGCAGCAGCUUUGACCAGUUACAUCGGCCUUUCUGCCUAUUCGCCAACCAAAUACGCUCAUGGAUCCGUGGGGUUUGAAUUCGAGAACUUGACCAAACCUGCUGAGUGCAAAGCCUUGGAAGCAACGGAGAAGCUGUUCCAACCCGAAGAAGUCGCAACGUCCAUUCUCAAGGACCUCAAGAAUGGCGUGUACAACAUGUACUGUGGGGACUUCGGCAUCGCACUACUUGGGGUACUGAGUGGUGGCAUGUCCCCUCGUAAAAAUACCGCACUCGACAUGCUUCUCUUUCCAUUUGCUGUCGUCGUCGCAUUCGUUGUUCGACGAGGCUGGGAUUUGCAUGUGAAGCGCGGCUACGUACAUCCCGAUUCCAAAUUUGUGUGA